AUGAUUACGACAGAUCUCCACUUAAUCAUCAUCACUGUGUUAAGCCUGCUGCUUGGCGGUUUUCUUCUUACCGGAAGUCGUCGGCACUUCAUUUACGUGCUCUACAAGACGUUACCUAGAGAUAUUUUAGGGGCUUAUCGGUUUUUUCUUUUUAACUUACGUCUUUGGUGGUGGGAAAAACGUGAGUAUACCAUUGCAAAGAUUUUUUCAAAGUAUGCAGUAUCUCAUCCGGAUAAAGUGGCUUUCAUCUUCGAGGACAAAGAAUGGACAUAUGAACAGUUGGAACACUUCAGUAAUCGCAUGGGACGUUACUUCCGCACCAGACCAUUUUCUCAUUCUGAUAGUAUAGCAGUAUUUAUGGAAAAUCGUCCUGAAUACAUCGCUACCUGGUUAGGGCUUAGCAAAGCUAAUUUUGUUGCGGCUUUAAUUAAUACGAAUCUACGUCGUGAUGUACUUUUGCACAGCAUUAACGCUGCCGGUUGCAAAGCUGUUAUUUUCGGGUCAGAACUUAAGGAUGCGAUUCGUGAUGUCAGAGAUAAAAUACCCGACAUUGAGCUGUAUCAAUGGUCGGAAAUGGCGGAUACAUCGAUUUUGGAAGGUGCGAUUGACCUUAACACGAAAAUCAGUGACAUUGAUCCUGGGUCUCUUAUCAUACUUGAUCAUGGCAGUUCCCGGGAUAAAUUAAUUUAUGUCUAUACGUCUGGUACGACGGGAAUGCCAAAGGCUGCUGUUAUCAGUAAUUUAAGGUACAUGUUAAUAACAUGUGGCGUGAAUUCAAUGCUUAAUCUACAGUCAAAUGAUCGAAUUUACAAUCCUCUGCCACUUUAUCAUACUGCAGGUGGUAUAAUUGGAGUUGGUCAAGCACUUAUAGGAGGCGUCACUGUCGUGCUUCGUAAAAAAUUUAGUGCGUCCAAGUAUUGGUCGGAAUGUGUCCAUUACGAAUGCACUGUAGCGCAAUAUAUUGGAGAAAUCUGCCGUUUUCUUCUUACAGUUCCAUCAAGCGAAUACGAUUCAAUGCAUAAAGUACGCUUAAUGUUUGGAAACGGUCUGAAACCACAAAUUUGGGAACCUUUUGUUAAGAGAUUUGGCGUGAAGCAAAUAGGCGAGUUUUAUGGAGCCACUGAAGGAAACUCAAAUCUCGUCAACAUUGACAAUAAAAUUGGUGCUGUUGGUUUCAUACCAAGAUAUGCUGGUAGUUUGUAUCCAGUUGCUCUGUUGAAAAUUGAUGAAGAAACAGGAGAAUUAUUGAGAGGAUCAAAUGGAUUCUGCAUACCUUGUAAACCUGGUGAAUCUGGCGUUUUUGUAGGUAAAAUUAAUUCAAAAAAGGUGAUAAAUGAUUUUACCGGCUAUGCUGACAAAAAGGCUUCAGAACAAAAGAUUAUACAUGAUGUCUUCAAGAAAGGCGAUCGUGCCUUCAAUACUGGUGAUAUUUUAGUUAUGGAUGAACUUGGAUAUUUUUAUUUUAAGGACAGAACUGGUGAUACAUAUAGGUGGCGAGGUGAAAAUGUUGCUACUUCGGAAGUGGAGGCCGUCAUAAGUAAUGUAAUAGGUCUCAAAGAUGCAACUGUAUUUGGUGUUGAGGUGCCCGGGAAUGAGGGUAGAGCAGGAAUGGCGGCUAUAUUUGACCCAGAAAAUUCUUUGGACUUAAAGGGAUUGGUAGGAAAGUUGAAGAAAGUUUUGCCGAACUAUGCCAUACCUCGUUUUAUUCGUAUUCUAUCAGAACUGCCUAUGACUGGAACAUUCAAAUUGAAAAAGAAGGAUCUCCAACGAGAGGCUUUUGAUAUUAAAAAAGUUAAAGAUCCAAUCUAUUUCCUUAACAAUGAUACCUAUAUAAGGAUGACUGAUGAAUACUAUAAUAAUAUCGUUGAAGAAAAAAUCCGAUUAUAAUUCUUCAUGACAUACAUAUAUUCUUUAGAGAAACGUCCUUUUAAAACAAUAUGGGAUUUAGAAGUCUAUUCUGUAAUUCUUAACGUCUGCAACUGUAGCUUAAAAUGUAGUUGUACAGGUUUUGUACAUACAUAAUAAAAAAGUGACGCAUCGGCAUAUGUGACGCUACUGUUACAGAAUAGAUAUUUUAGGCCGAGUCUACAAUGAGUUGAUAGUUGGUAGUCUUAUAAGUUGGCUGCUCCACAGUGCUCGCCAGCUCUAUGGAUCCACCGAUUUCGACCAAUUCCAUGUAUUCUUCAGAUUCCUUUCCGACUCACCGACUACCGAAUUAUUGUAGGCCUUAGACUUAGAAUAAUUUUUUUUUAUUACGAUAUUAAGUUUCCAGUGUUAGUUGCAGGUUAAGUUAUACACUAUCCCUAUUUUAUUAUGAACCAAUAAACUAAAUACCAUACAUGUCUUCUUUUGCAAAAGUGUAUAUAGAG